ACAAAUCUUUCCGUCUUUUGUGAAAGCGCUAGACUAGAGUUACUAAUACCUAGUGUACAUGUGACUUUUUUUUAGAUUAAAAAGUGUUUCGAAAUGGUCGUUAGUUGUCGAUUUUGUUGCUUGCAAGAUUCUACAACACAAACAACAAAUCCUGUGCUUGUGGAUGCCCUACAACAAGUUAUAAAGUCUCUUUUAGCCAAAGAAGAACAUGAUGUAAAAACGUUCUAUGCUCAAAAUGAAGAGAUAGAGAAGCUGCAGAAAGAGGUGAAAGAGUUGAAGUUUGAGCUUCAAUCUCUUCAAAAUGUUAAAGCUUCCCUCGCUACUGUUUUGUCUGAGGAGAAGCAAAGAUGUGAUGAAUAUAAGAAGAAAUUACAAACAGCACAAGAAGCUUUGGUGAAGCUACACAGUUGUAACAAAAAGAUGAGUAAAAAUGCUGCUGAAUCUCUUCUGUUUCCUCGUCCCGCUACUCAAAGCAGAGAAGAACCGUAUGUGAUACUAGCACCAGAUACUUGUCAAGUUGAAGUCAGCAGUGGAGACAAUAAUGCUACUGAAAUAAGAUCUGAACCUAAAUCAAGGGACCACGUUUUCACUAAGCCCCUUGCAAAGCGAAAAUGCAUGGAAAAACAAAAAUCUCCCCAUUCAUUUUUUAAGAAGCCGAGAAAUAAGUGUGAAGACGCUCAAGGUCACGCUACAUCUUCAAGAAAUGAUUCAGAUCAUGACCCUGAUGAAACAUGGGCACCAGAUCAAUCAGAUGAAGAGUUAUGCAUCCCUGCCUCACCAAUACUGAGUGGAUAUUCUGGUAGCGUGAAAAAUUCUUUUUUUGCAAAGAAAUUUAAAAAGGAUACCACCCACGAUGGUAAGGCUGGGGAUCAUACAUCAGAUAGUCCGAGCCUUUUAAAAAAUGUGAAUACUGGGGGUGCUAAUUAUAAAGGAAGUCUGAGGAACAGGACAACAUUAAAAGAGGUUACUCCAAGUGAAUCAAGUUCAAGAACCAGUUUUCAAUUACACUUAAGUGAUAAUGAAAGUGAUUCUUCGCAUGAGUACAAUGGUUUGGAAGAUGAAAAUGAUGAAAACUUUGGAUCUUCCUAUCAACUCAGACCCAGGUCCUCGUUAUCUCCAAUAAAUGUGGAUAGCUCUUCUGAUGAGGAAAGCAGAGAUUUAAAAGAAGCCAACGACAGUUUGGAUGAAUUGUUCGAAAAAACUGACAUUGCAGUUCCCAAUAUUUCCGACUUGGAUUGUACAAGGUUGGAAGUGAAUGUUGAGAGAUUGGAGGUUGAUGGUUUUGAUGAUCAACAACAACAACAACAACAACCAGAAGAUUUCAAUGAUUUUUUAAAUGAUGAAGAUGAUUUUAAACCAAAGAAAAAAAUGGCAAAGAAAACUUCACAAAGUAAAAUAUGUAAUGACGUGGAUGAGACUAUGAUCCCAGAAGAUUGCACUACUGAUCAUGAUGAAAACUUUGGCGACAGUUUUGACCUUGCUCCAAAGAAAAAUGACAAACCAAGUUUUAAAUAUCAAAGUGUGGUCCGUAAACGGGAUGAAAGAAAUAAACUUGAUGCUCAAACCUGUGCACAGUGUGAGGAAUACUUCAGUGACUUAUCUCCUCGUAAACGUGCGGAGAAAAUACGUAACGUGUGUCGUCAUCGUCACGUGUUUGCGCCACCUAAGAGCCCAGAACACUUUUGGGAAAUUGGAAUUCCUGAUACAUUGGAAUGUAAAAGACGGGGUUACAUUAGAGAUGAGGAAGAUUUUUCAGAAGAAGAGCUCUCUCGGCUGAGAGAGAGAAGAAGAAGGUAUAGAAGAAGGCGGAGUGAUGACGUCGAAAAAUAAAGAUUCGCGAGAAAUUCACAAGAAUAAUUUUUCACAAACAUAAUUUUUGUAAAUGUUAUAUUUUAACGUGUCUGAAUUACGCAAUUAUUAAAGUUCUGUUUUUGAGGAGA